GUGAGUCAAAGCAAGAAAGAAAACGAAAAAGCAAGAGAAAAAAUUGCAAAUUAACCAGUCGAAUUGAUGACUAAUGUCAAACCGAAUUGAUGAUAUCCAAAUGGCAGUGAGGGUAGAUGAAAGUUCAAUAAAAGCCACUCGAUCACUUUCGCUAAGUAUCAGUCUGAGUUGAACUAACAACGCAAAAGAAAGUGUGUGAUCGUGCACAAGUUGAAAGCCAAGAAAAAAAUUGCUUUCGAAGCGGAUCUAUUAAAAUGAAAACAUUUAUUGUGAUCUCGUGUUUGGUUCUGGCCGCAACUGCCAAACCACAAGGAUACGUUUACGAAAAACCAAACAAUGAUGGAUUAAGUGUUUCGCUUCUAUUGCCACCAUCUCAGAAUCAUCAGAUUCCAACAUCGUUUCCUGCACUAUCGCAUGGCUCGCAUACCACACAGUAUAGCAACAGUCACUCAUACUCUCCAAUCAGCUCGCAUGGAUCAUUGGGAUUAGGAUCACAUAGCUCAGGUGGAUCAUUGUCAUUGGGAUCAUCAUACUCAGUGGGACAUGGUUCAUCUGGUCAUAGCUUCGGCGGCAAUUCGUUUGGUGGAAACUCUUUUGGAGGUAACUCAUUCGGUUCAUCUGGCAACUCAUUAGGUUCGUUCAGUUCAUCUGGCAGCUCCUUCGGCGCUGGCGACGGUCUAUCACUCGGAUUGCAAGCACCAGUACCAGCACCAGCUCCACCAGCCUUUGUACCAGCCGCCACAAAUACUGUCGUUCAAAAGCACAUCUAUGUUCACGUACCACCACCAGAACAUGAUGAACAAGAGCUCUCUCUACCAAUCGCUCCAGUUCAACAAGCCCAAAAGCACUACAAAAUCAUCUUCAUUAAAGCGCCAUCGGGUCCAUCAAUUUCACAACAAUUGGCUCAAGCUCAACAGCAACAAUCCGAAGAGAAAACUUUGGUUUAUGUAUUGGUCAAGAAACCAGAAUCGAUUGAAGAGUUGCAAAUCCCACGUGCUCCACUUUCCCAACCAAGCAAACCAGAAGUUUACUUCAUCAAAUACAAGGCCCAAACAGCCAACGGUGGUUUUUCAGCACCACAACCAAUUGGAUUGAGUGCACCAAGUGCUGUUGGUGGUGGUGGUGGUGGUGCCGCUGACUUUGGUUCAGCCGAUUUGGGUUCAUCAUCAGCCGCUGCUGCCGUUGUUACUUCGUCUCAAGCAGCGACACAUGACACUUCAUCAAGUUUGAGCGGUACAGAUGCUGUCAACAUUGCUGCCAUGAAAGUGUUUGUUGUUUUGUCAUGCAUUGCUUUGGCUGUGGCCCGACCAGAAGCCGGUUAUUCUUAUAACCAACCAAGUGGCGGUCAAUCAUUCGGUGGAUCUUCGUCAUUCUCCAAUGGUGGUGGAUCUGCCUCAUUCUCCAAUGGUGGUGCAUCUUUCUCGAACGGUGGAUCAUUCGGCGGUUCAUCGUUGUCAAGUGGAUUCGGUGGUGCUGCUCCAUCAUUCUCUGCUGGACCAUCAUUCGGUGGUGACUCUUCAUUCUCGUCGGGUGGAUCAUUGUCCGCUGGCCAAUCAUUCUCGUCGGGUGGAUCAUUGUCCGCUGGCCCAUCAUUCUCGUCGGGUGGAUCAUCGGGUGGAUCAUUGUCCGCUGGCCCAUCAUUCUCAGCUGGCGCUCCUCAACAAUCAUUCCAAUCAUUUGCCCAACCACAAGCUCAAGCUGUUGUCCAAAAACACAUCUACGUCCACGUGGCUCCACCUCAAGAAGACGAAGUUCAACCAAUUAUUACACCACCACAACCACAAAAGCACUACAAAAUCAUCUUCAUCAAGGCUCCAAGUGUGAACCGUCAAUCAUUCCAACCAAUUGUCCAACCACAAAAUGAAGAAAAGACCCUCGUCUACGUUCUUUCAAAGAAAGAAGAACAAGCCGUUCAACAACACGUUCAACAAGCUCCAAUUGUUCCAAGCAAACCAGAAGUUUACUUCAUCAAAUACAAGACACAACAACAACAACAAUCCGGUCCAAUCUCAGCUGGUCCAAUCUCAGCCGGUCCAAUCUCAGCUGGUCCAAUCUCAGCUGGUCCAAUCUCAACCGGCUCCUCAGGAUUAGAAUCGGCUUCAUUUUCAAACGGUGCAGGCUCUUCCGGAUUUGAAUCAGUUGGCGUCAGUGCACCAAGCGCAACCUCAUUCGGAUCAGCUGAAGCCUCAUUGCCAAUUGCCGCUCCAGCCGGUCCACCAGCCCCAGUCUAUGGUCCAGCCCACUAAACGAUUGAUACGACGAUCGUAAAAGCUGUAAUCAGCUUGAAUUAUCCCAUUUUCGAUUUGAUCGAAAGAUGAUGUUUAAUUUAGCUUAAGAUUUGUUACAUAGAAAUAAUCAAAGAAAUAUAGUUGU